AUGUAUCUGGAUUUAAUGGAAACAACUAAACCUUUUCUGGUAAAUACAAUACGGGUGCCAGCAUUACCGACUUUGUUAUUAUACUGUCGGGAAGUGGAUACAAAUGCUGACAUUUCAAGGAUUGUUUUCGAUUCAUGGUUAGAAGUACGAUUAUUGGAUGUUGAAGCUGCACAACGCGCUGUAGCUACUACUAUUUGGUUACGUUCAACAACGCAAUGUCUUAUGGAAUGUGAACUUGCAGAAUGUUUACGUCGUCGUGAUCAAACACUCAUUGAUGAUAGUGGUAACGGUUGUGAUAAUGGCAAUACAACAACUAAUAUAUCAACAAAAUAUUGUUCUAAAAAAAGUGGUAAUCAACGAAAAAUUCGUCGGCUACAGCGUAUGUUGUCUCAUAGUUUAGCAGCAUUUUUAGCUGGUCAACCUGGUGGAGCAUAUUCUAUUAAACGAUUAUUAGCAGCUGAUGUAAAACAAUUGUUUCGAAAACAGAAUAACAAUGAUAAUAAUAUCUGUGAGAAUCAAUCUCAAUCUAAAUCAUUGCCUAAAAUUUGUAAGAAAAUAAAUCUAGAUGACAUUCCAUUACAAGAACCAGAUCAUGAAUCGGGUAUAACGUUUAAUUUAUUCAAAGGAGGUUAUCAAGUUACAGAUUACCUGAAUAUUGAUUCAUUAUACCCUGAAGUGAUAUCAGUUGAUGGUCGAUCGAAUGUAGAAGAUAUUGAUGAGCCAGACUAUCAUGAUCCGAGUAGCAGUUAUAAUCUUGCUGUACGAUUACGAAAACAAAUCGCUUGUGGAUCGCUUAAUGAAGCUUCCAGUGAUGAUAAUUACAAAUGUUUUAAUGAAAAUAUAUCGUUAUACGAAUCAAAUAGAAAUGAAAAUGAGAGAGAUUAUUUUGAAAAUGAUAACUAUUUAGAUGAAUGUAAAGCUACUUGUGAAACCUGUGGUAAAUUUAUUACAGUUCAGGGUACUUUGCAAACUUCUAUGUUGAGGCAUCGAAGAUACUGUCAACCGUAUAAUGAUUAGAAAUUUUCCUGUCAUAUAUAUAUAUAUAUAU